AUGGACACGCCUGUGGUGCUCACUAACGCUGCUCCUUCUAACGAGGACGCCAGCGCUGUCUCCGCCUUCGUCUCCAGCCUCAAUGUUAACGAGACCAACUCCGGCCCCGCAGUCCCUGUGGGGGGGAAUGCGUCAGGACUAGCGCAUAUCCUGGGCAUUGGCACGGCCAAUCCGGACAGGAAGGUCACCCAAGCGGAGUUCCAUGAGAAGUUUGUCACGACGCUGCCGUUCCCGGAUAAGAAGACCGAGGACCUGUCCAAGCGAAUCAUUGAGAACUGUGGCAUCAAGACGCGUCACCUGGUGCACGACAGCGACAUCUUCAACACCUACGACUCCAUCGCCUCCUUCGGCUCGCCCUCCCUCGACACGCGCCUCAAGCUCUGGCUUGAGCCCGCUGUCGCCCUGGGCAAGGCGGCCAGUGAGAAGGCCAUCAGCGACUGGGGGGGUGACCGCAAGGACAUCACGCAUGUCAUCACCUUCUCCACCUCCGGCAUUCACUGCCCUGGGCUGGACAUGUGUCUGAUCAAGCAGAUGGGGCUCCCGCAGUCCACGAAGCAUCUGUAUGUGAGCUACAUGGGGUGCCAUGCGGGCGUCAUCGGGCUGCGCACCGCCGCUGAGAUCGCUGCGGGGGACCCAUCGUACCGCGUGCUGGUGGUGGCAGUGGAGGUCAACUCGGUCAACGCGCAGUCCUUGAAUCCCGACAACCUUAUCAACAACAUCAUUGUGGACUGCAUCUUUGCUGAUGGCGCUGGCGCGUUCAUCCUGGGUGCGAAGCCGAGGGAGGGCGAGAAGGCGGUGUUUGAGGUGCAUAGGCACGGCACCACGUACAUCCCGGACAGUGAGGAUGUGAUCACGGCCAACGUGGUGUGCCAUGGGCUCGACGUGGGGCUCAAGAAGAACCUCCCCGAGCUGGUGGGCAACAACGUGAACCCCUUUGUGCGGAGCCUGGUGGGCAAUCUGAGCUACAGUGACAUGCUGUGGGCCGUGCACCCGGGCGGCAAGUCCAUUGUGGACAUGACGCAGAGGGGAUGCGGGCUCAAGUCCAAGCAGGUCCAAGUCAGCAGGGAUAUUCUGAGGGAGUAUGCAAACAUGGCAUCAUGCACCAUCAUGUUUGUACUCGAUAAAGUGCGCCGCGAUAAUCGCCAAAAGGAGGGUGACAAGUGGACUCUAGCCCUGGCUUUUGGCCCUGGAGUUUCAGAGAAGAAACAUAGUUGGAAAGGGUGUUUGGAGUUGACUUUUGAGUCGACUCAAAAGUCAGCUUGUUUGGAGUCUACUUUUGAGCCGUCUCCUUUUGAGCCGUCUCCUUUUGAGCCGUCUCCUUUUGAGCCGUCUCCUUUUGAGCCGUCUCCUUUUGAGCCGUCUCCUUUUGAGCCGUCUCCUUUUGAGCCGUCUCCUUUUGAGCCGUCUCCUUUUGAGCCGUCUCCUUUUGAGCCGUCUCCUUUUGAGCCGUCUCCUUUUGAGCCGUCUCCUUUUGAGCCGUCUCCUUUUGAGCCGUCUCCUUUUGAGCCGUCUCCUUUUGAGCCGUCUCCUUUUGAGCCGUCUCCUUUUGAGCCGUCUCCUUUUGAGCCGUCUCCUUUUGAGCCGUCUCCUUUUGAGCCGUCUCCUUUUGAGCCGUCUCCUUUUGAGCCGUCUCCUUUUGAGCCGUCUCCUUUUGAGCCGUCUCCUUUUGAGCCGUCUCCUUUUGAGCCGUCUCCUUUUGAGCCGUCUCCUUUUGAGCCGUCUCCUUUUGAGCCGUCUCCUUUUGAGCCGUCUCCUUUUGAGCCGUCUCCUUUUGAGCCGUCUCCUUUUGAGCCGUCUCCUUUUGAGCCGUCUCCUUUUGAGCCGUCUCCUUUUGAGCCGUCUCCUUUUGAGCCGUCUCCUUUUGAGCCGUCUCCUUUUGAGCCGUCUCCUUUUGAGCCGUCUCCUUUUGAGCCGUCUCCUUUUGAGCCGUCUCCUUUUGAGCCGUCUCCUUUUGAGCCGUCUCCUUUUGAGCCGUCUCCUUUUGAGCCGUCUCCUUUUGAGCCGUCUCCUUUUGAGCCGUCUCCUUUUGAGCCGUCUCCUUUUGAGCCGUCUCCUUUUGAGCCGUCUCCUUUUGAGCCGUCUCCUUUUGAGCCGUCUCCUUUUGAGCCGUCUCCUUUUGAGCCGUCUCCUUUUGAGCCGUCUCCUUUUGAGCCGUCUCCUUUUGAGCCGUCUCCUUUUGAGCCGUCUCCUUUUGAGCCGUCUCCUUUUGAGCCGUCUCCUUUUGAGCCGUCUCCUUUUGAGCCGUCUCCUUUUGAGCCGUCUCCUUUUGAGCCGUCUCCUUUUGAGCCGUCUCCUUUUGAGCCGUCUCCUUUUGAGCCGUCUCCUUUUGAGCCGUCUCCUUUUGAGCCGUCUCCUUUUGAGCCGUCUCCUUUUGAGCCGUCUCCUUUUGAGCCGUCUCCUUUUGAGCCGUCUCCUUUUGAGCCGUCUCCUUUUGAGCCGUCUCCUUUUGAGCCGUCUCCUUUUGAGCCGUCUCCUUUUGAGCCGUCUCCUUUUGAGCCGUCUCCUUUUGAGCCGUCUCCUUUUGAGCCGUCUCCUUUUGAGCCGUCUCCUUUUGAGCCGUCUCCUUUUGAGCCGUCUCCUUUUGAGCCGUCUCCUUUUGAGCCGUCUCCUUUUGAGCCGUCUCCUUUUGAGCCGUCUCCUUUUGAGCCGUCUCCUUUUGAGCCGUCUCCUUUUGAGCCGUCUCCUUUUGAGCCGUCUCCUUUUGAGCCGUCUCCUUUUGAGCCGUCUCCUUUUGAGCCGUCUCCUUUUGAGCCGUCUCCUUUUGAGCCGUCUCCUUUUGAGCCGUCUCCUUUUGAGCCGUCUCCUUUUGAGCCGUCUCCUUUUGAGCCGUCUCCUUUUGAGCCGUCUCCUUUUGAGCCGUCUCCUUUUGAGCCGUCUCCUUUUGAGCCGUCUCCUUUUGAGCCGUCUCCUUUUGAGCCGUCUCCUUUUGAGCCGUCUCCUUUUGAGCCGUCUCCUUUUGAGCCGUCUCCUUUUGAGCCGUCUCCUUUUGAGCCGUCUCCUUUUGAGCCGUCUCCUUUUGAGCCGUCUCCUUUUGAGCCGUCUCCUUUUGAGCCGUCUCCUUUUGAGCCGUCUCCUUUUGAGCCGUCUCCUUUUGAGCCGUCUCCUUUUGAGCCGUCUCCUUUUGAGCCGUCUCCUUUUGAGCCGUCUCCUUUUGAGCCGUCUCCUUUUGAGCCGUCUCCUUUUGAGCCGUCUCCUUUUGAGCCGUCUCCUUUUGAGCCGUCUCCUUUUGAGCCGUCUCCUUUUGAGCCGUCUCCUUUUGAGCCGUCUCCUUUUGAGCCGUCUCCUUUUGAGCCGUCUCCUUUUGAGCCGUCUCCUUUUGAGCCGUCUCCUUUUGAGCCGUCUCCUUUUGAGCCGUCUCCUUUUGAGCCGUCUCCUUUUGAGCCGUCUCCUUUUGAGCCGUCUCCUUUUGAGCCGUCUCCUUUUGAGCCGUCUCCUUUUGAGCCGUCUCCUUUUGAGCCGUCUCCUUUUGAGCCGUCUCCUUUUGAGCCGUCUCCUUUUGAGCCGUCUCCUUUUGAGCCGUCUCCUUUUGAGCCGUCUCCUUUUGAGCCGUCUCCUUUUGAGCCGUCUCCUUUUGAGCCGUCUCCUUUUGAGCCGUCUCCUUUUGAGCCGUCUCCUUUUGAGCCGUCUCCUUUUGAGCCGUCUCCUUUUGAGCCGUCUCCUUUUGAGCCGUCUCCUUUUGAGCCGUCUCCUUUUGAGCCGUCUCCUUUUGAGCCGUCUCCUUUUGAGCCGUCUCCUUUUGAGCCGUCUCCUUUUGAGCCGUCUCCUUUUGAGCCGUCUCCUUUUGAGCCGUCUCCUUUUGAGCCGUCUCCUUUUGAGCCGUCUCCUUUUGAGCCGUCUCCUUUUGAGCCGUCUCCUUUUGAGCCGUCUCCUUUUGAGCCGUCUCCUUUUGAGCCGUCUCCUUUUGAGCCGUCUCCUUUUGAGCCGUCUCCUUUUGAGCCGUCUCCUUUUGAGCCGUCUCCUUUUGAGCCGUCUCCUUUUGAGCCGUCUCCUUUUGAGCCGUCUCCUUUUGAGCCGUCUCCUUUUGAGCCGUCUCCUUUUGAGCCGUCUCCUUUUGAGCCGUCUCCUUUUGAGCCGUCUCCUUUUGAGCCGUCUCCUUUUGAGCCGUCUCCUUUUGAGCCGUCUCCUUUUGAGCCGUCUCCUUUUGAGCCGUCUCCUUUUGAGCCGUCUCCUUUUGAGCCGUCUCCUUUUGAGCCGUCUCCUUUUGAGCCGUCUCCUUUUGAGCCGUCUCCUUUUGAGCCGUCUCCUUUUGAGCCGUCUCCUUUUGAGCCGUCUCCUUUUGAGCCGUCUCCUUUUGAGCCGUCUCCUUUUGAGCCGUCUCCUUUUGAGCCGUCUCCUUUUGAGCCGUCUCCUUUUGAGCCGUCUCCUUUUGAGCCGUCUCCUUUUGAGCCGUCUCCUUUUGAGCCGUCUCCUUUUGAGCCGUCUCCUUUUGAGCCGUCUCCUUUUGAGCCGUCUCCUUUUGAGCCGUCUCCUUUUGAGCCGUCUCCUUUUGAGCCGUCUCCUUUUGAGCCGUCUCCUUUUGAGCCGUCUCCUUUUGAGCCGUCUCCUUUUGAGCCGUCUCCUUUUGAGCCGUCUCCUUUUGAGCCGUCUCCUUUUGAGCCGUCUCCUUUUGAGCCGUCUCCUUUUGAGCCGUCUCCUUUUGAGCCGUCUCCUUUUGAGCCGUCUCCUUUUGAGCCGUCUACUUUUGAGCCGUCUACUUUUGAGCCGUCUACUUUUGAGCCGUCUACUUUUGGGGCGCCUCAAGAGUGGAAGCGACUAUGCUUGUGCAAGAGGAAGCGGAUACCCAGUUGA